AUGGCGUUCAAGUCUCUCCAACUAUUCUUCCUUCUUCUCGCUUCCUUUACAUCUCACGUAAUCUCCAGACACAUUCCAACUCCAAUUCCUCAACAUCUCUAUGGAUGUCGUAAAGGUGACAACGUUGAAGGAAUCCACAGCAUUAAAAAAUACCUUCACCGUUACGGUUAUUUAUCACACAACACGAAUACCAGUUCCCAUAUCGAACUAAACAGCAACACGUUCGAUGACACCCUAGAAUCUGCCGUUAAAUUAUACCAGAAAUGGUCUAAACUCAACGUAAGUGGAAUUCUAGACCAACAAACAUUAGAUCAAAUCUUCAAACCUCGAUGUGGAUUACCAGAUGUGAUCAUGAAAUCUAACUCAAAUAAGAAUACCGAGGAUGAUCUUGAAAUAUCAUCUCAUUACGCUUUAUUCCCAGGGAACCAAAAAUGGCCAGAUUACAAACGCCAUCUAACCUACACAUUUACCAACAAUUUCCCAAUAGACUUCGUGCCAUCAGUGACUGAGGCUAUGAAAGAAUGGGCAGCCCACUCACUAUUCACAUUCUCACAAGCUGCGGAUGACCAAGUCCCUGACAUUAAUAUCAGCUUUCAGGUAGGGGAUCAUGGAGAUGGGGUUCCUUUUGAUGGACCCGGAGGAGUCGUGGGUCAUGCUUUUGCACCAACUGAUGGGAGAUUGCACUUAGAUGGCGACGAUAAAUGGUCGGCGGGGUUGGAAACUCAGAAGGUUAAUGUGAUGAAUGCGGCACUUCAUGAGCUUGGACAUGUUCUUGGUCUUGCCCAUAGCACCGUUCAACAAGCUGUCAUGUGGCCCUAUAUUGAUGUUUAUGCUUUAAAGGCCUUGACUGAUGAUGAUAUUGCCGGACUCACUGCUUUGUACCCCUAA